AUGGCUCGUCUCACACUGUCAGAUGCGGACAAACAAGCUCGAGACUGGUUUGUGAAGACCACCGAGUCCCUUGGAUGCAAGGUUGAAGUUGAUGCAAUGGGUAACAUAUUUGCCAUCCGGCCAGGGAAGCAAAACUCAGCUGCUCCAACUUACGCAGGAAGCCAUAUGGAUACACAGCCUACUGGUGGCAGAUACGAUGGAAUUCUGGGCGUUCAUGCGGGCAUUGAGGCGUUGAAAACAAUGAAAGAUAAUAAUAUUGAAACUGAAUACCCCACUGGUGAGAAAGAGCUGUCUUAUUUGUUAAAAGGUGUGGAGAAUAUGUUGAUAAUGAGACUCGCAGGUGUGAUAAACUGGACAAACGAGGAAGGAGCUCGUUUCCCAAUCUCAAUGGUCUCAUCCGGUGUCUGGGCCGGAGCGAUUCCCCUCGAUAAAGCGUACAACCUCGUUGAAGUAGGAGGAGGGAAAGCCACACAAUUGUCCGAGCUAGAGAGGAUUGGCUACCUGGGAGAGCUCGAAGCAAACCAUAAAGCAAAUCCAAUAGGGGCCCACUUUGAGCUUCAUAUUGAACAAGGACCAAUCCUAGAAAGCUCGGGAGGUAAAAUAGGAGCAGUAGAGGGAGUCCAGGCUUUCAGGUGGCAUAUAAUCACUGUCAAGGGCAAGGAUUGCCAUACGGGAACCACAGACUUUCAAAAUCGAUCAGAUGCAAUGCUUACAGCUGCCAAACUAAUUGUCCACAGCCACAACACAGCAGCGGAAUUGGGGUGCUUAGCUUCGACAGGUAUAUUGACGCUGAAGCCUGGUUCGACGAAUACAGUUCCAGGAUUUGUGAGGUUUUCGCUUGAUAUGAGAUCAAAAGACGAUGCAAAACUUCAGCAGCUGGAAGACAUCUUGAAAACAGAGUUUGCUAAGAUUGCUGCUGGAGAGCAAGUUGGUCAAAGUAAUGCCGAAGGGGUAAAGGGACGAGGUUGCACUGUUGAGUGGCAGUUGGACACUGACUCUCCAGCUACCAAUUUUCAUGAAGACUGUGUCAAGUGUGUGGAGGAGAGUGCGAAAGAUAUGCUUGGAACCAAUAGUGGAAAUUUGGUGCAGAGAAUGACCUCUGGCGCGGGGCAUGACAGGAUCUUCGUCCCGUGUAGAGAUGGUGUAUCUCAUAAUCCAGCAGAAUAUUGCAGUCCUGAAGAUUGUGGAAACGGUGCACAAACACUGCUGGGAGCAAUGUUACGGUAUGACAGACUACGGGCAGGGAGAGGCGUAUAA